GUGGGUUGAGUGAUGUCUUGUUACCAUAUCCCGAAACUUCAACGAAUGUGACAGCAGUAUUGUUAUCAAAAGGAUUUUCUGUUAUUGAUCUUAUCAGAAAGGCUGAAGAGUUUUACACAACAAUGGGAUUGGAUUCUAUGAAGCCGAAGUUUUGGAGCAAAUCAAUGUUUGUGCAACCAACCGAUGGCCGUUUCGUAGAUUGUCAUGCAGUUUCUUACGAUUUUGCCUUAGGUGAAGAUUACAGAAUGCGAGUAUGCGCGGAAGUGAAAGAACAGAGUUUUCUAGAAGCUGUUCAUGAGAUGGGACAUAUACAAUAUUUCAUGGCCUAUCACAAACUCCCAAUGAUUUACAGAAAUGGCGCCAAUUCCGCAUUCCAUGAAGCGAUCGGAGAAACUAUGGUUUACGCGGCUCAAAGUCCAAAAUGUCUACAAAAAUUAAACCUUCGAUCUGCUGAUAUGCCAAAAGAACUUUUAGAGAAUAUCCUCAUGAAGCAAGCUCUCUCUAAAUUUGUUCUGCUACCCUGGGCUUUAACAAUAGAAAUCUGGCGAUACGGACUUUUCGCUGGUGAAAUCAAGGAAGAAGAUAUGAUGAUCGCGUGGUGGGAGCUCAGAAAACAGUUUCAAGGGAUUGAACCACCUGACAUCGAGAGUGCUUCAUUAUUUGAUCCAGGGUCAAAAUACCAUGUGCUCCUCCACAUUCCAUAUAUGAGGUACUUUUUGAGUCGAUUCUUGGAGCAUCAAUUUCUAGAAGCCAUGUGCAGAUUUGCUGGGGAAGAUCUUCAUUCCUGUUGUUUUAUAACAAGCAAGGAAGGUGGAAAGAGACUGAAAUUUAUGCUUUCUCUUGGUGCAUCUGUAUCUUGGAAAGAUGCGCUUGAAGUACUGACUGGCCAAAGAAAACUGUCAACGAAGCCGCUCUUGAAUUACUAUGAGCCAUUGUACAAGUGGCUCAUUGAUUAUAAUCAUAACAACAAUAUUAGUGUAAAUUGGUAAUUGUAGAAUAAGCAACACAUAUCUCUGUGUAAAAUUUGGAUUGGUUUUCAUUAUUUUUUAAGUUUAAAUAAAU